CCACACUUUCCAUUUGCCGACAACAGAUUACCGAAGGAACGCAUCGAGGAACGAAACAGCCAAAAUGAGCGAAACGGAAUACGACUAUGAUCUUGACAAUAUCUGGGAGAUGGCAACACAGAUGUUGGAUGGAAAAUCGCCAUCAGAAAAACAAGUUGAAAAGUUAUACUGUGACAUUAAUAAAUUCUGCAAAAAUAAUCCAGACCUCAAGCAUGACAUCAUGUAUUGCACUGAAGUUUACUUCCGGAACGUUCACCCUAUACUUUUAAGAAAUUGUUCCACCGAACGUCUCAAACGAGAGAUGAUGACAAUUCUAAGAAAUCUUUUUGACAUUGCAAAACACUGGUACAAGACAGGAAUUAUCAAAGCCACCUUUCCGAAGAGCACCUUUCCAUUUACAGAGCUGGCCAAUACCAGUGCAUUCAAUGCAGGAAUGAAUUCGGUACGCAUCUCAGCAGUGGUUGAAGGCUUUAUUCUAUGUAAAGAGUACUGGGAGAACAGCAAGUCCCUAGCCAGUGGAGAAAUCAGUAACAAAGACUACCGAAAAAGACAGAAUGGUUCCAUUGCUAAAUCUGUUAUGUCGGUUGCGGGUAAUGGUUUAGCAGGAUAUGGAGUUGCUUGGCUGUGUGCUGGUCUAUCUGGUCCUGUAGGAUGGGCAGCCUUUGGAGCUGGAAUGGUAGGUGGAAGUUUGUUCUCGUAUGGGUGUGGAGAACUUGGUCGUCAAUACGGUGAACAAUUAUAGAUUGAAACAUCAAUAUAACCUACUUGCCCUGUUGACAAGUAAAAAAUAACAUAAUAGACAAUGGAGAGACAAUGUCUUGUUAUUUGUAUUUCUUUUUUGGCUCGCAUAAUCACAUGAACUGCUCAACAUCAGUUUGUUCAUUGUAGAAAAAAAUGUACCAUUAAUAUAGUAAAUUAUAUAGCGACCAGUUUGCUACAUGAAGAACUAAUGGAUAGAUAGAAUUUUGUUUUGUCUUUCGCUACUAAAGUUUAUGCAGUAUAUAUCACUGGAUAAGAUCGCGCGCUUUAAAGGUUCUAAAUUUGAUGUAAAUAUCAUGUAAGUGUCCAAAAUUCUGUAAAUUUAAUGGAAAUCAUUUACAUCAAAUUUACAGACUUUUGGACACUUACAUCAUAUUUACAUUAAAUUUACAACCUUUAAAUGGCGCGAUUUUUUCCAGUGUAUACCUUUGAUCCUUUUCCUACUUUUUGCAUGUUGUAAUAUUGCUAAAUAUUUUACACCUCUGGUGCUUACUUCAUGACAUUUCGCAUUCUUAAUGAGUUGCAAGUUUGUAUAAGUUCAAUAAUUAAUUAGUUUUUUGUUUGAUUCUCAUUGCUCUUUAUCAAUUUUAAGUAUAACACAAUAUUAGUACUUCUUGAGAGCUUUUAAUCUAUGUACAACCAUAAAGGUCAGUCGUUGUAUUAAGGUCAUAUAUCUAGAAUUAUGACUUGUGGAACACACGCUCAGUUUAUGUUAAAUAAUCUUAUGUAAUCUGACGUAUAUACUUGUAUACGCAGCACUAGCUGCGCUAAGAGGAUUGCUUUUGCAAGCUUUCUGUCGUAUGGACUUUUAUUGUACGAGAUAUAAACAAGUAGUUGUACCUAA